UUGUUAUUCUCAACGCCGUCAUGUCACACGGCUUGCGCUUUGUUUUCUGUGGGUUUUUCCUGCUGCUACUGGCCCUGGCCAGUGGCUACAAGGUGCCCAAGGCUAAAAUUGAGGUGUUCUACCCGAAAGGCUUUGAGGUAUCCAUACCGCACGAGGAGGGCAUUACGCUCUUCGCCUUCCACGGCAAACUGAACGAGGAGAUGGAAGGUCUGGAGGCAGGCACUUGGGCACGUGACAUUGUCAAGAUGAAAAACGGACGUUGGACUUUCCGAGAUCGCCAGGCCGAGCUAAAACCAGGCGACGUUCUAUACUAUUGGACCUACGUUAUCUACAACGGCCUGGGUUAUCGCGAAGAUGAUGGCGCUUUCGCGGUAAAUGCAUUCAGUGGCAGCAUACCGACGCCCGUUUCAACGACUGCGUCACCACCACGAACGACAACUCCAUCCACGGGAGACCCAGAUUUCGACAUUAGGCUCGGCGCUUGUGAUGCUCCCAAGACGCAUGUGAACGGCGUGCCGACUCGUUGCGUUAGCCAACUGAUCUUUGUGGAGGAAUUUAACGCUGGCAAGCUGGAUCCGGCCAAAUGGCUAGUGGAGCAUCGUUUCUCUGGCGUUCCGGACUAUGAGUUUAACAUAUACACGAAUGAUGCACCCGACACGUUGAGCCUGGUCAAUGGAAAGGUUGUGCUGAAACCCUUUUCAACGAAACGCUUAUACAAACAAAGUUUGGACUCUAAGCUGGAUCUGGGAAGCGAAUGCACUGGCGAAAAGGGCACGUCGGACUGUGUCCGUGAUGCCAGGAACAGGAACAGGCCCGACAAGCUGCCCCCACUAGUGUCCGCACAGUUCUCCACCAAGAAGAGCUUCUCCUUCAAAUAUGGACGGGUCGAAGUGCGCGCCAAGAUGCCGCGGGCCAAGUAUCUGGUGCCCCAGCUAUGGCUACAGCCCAAGGCCCAUGUUUACGGCAAAGACGACUAUCAGUCUGGUCAGUUGCGCAUUGCCUAUGCCCGACAAACGACUGGGGGUCAACUGGACCUUUACGCCGGAGCAUUGCUCAAUGCCCAGGAGCCGUUGCGUUCCACCAAGCUGUGUCACAGGCUGGGCUCCAGCAGCAGCAGCGACGAUUGGAGCGAGAGCUUCCACAACUAUACGCUGGAGUGGACGCCACGACAGCUCAAGUGGUUCGUGGAUGGCCAGGAGCUGUGCACCAAGGGCAGCGAGACUGGCGCAUUCAGCGAGACGAGCGUUGCCAAUAAAAAGCUGCCAAAUGCGGAUGAGCUGGAGAAGGGCACUGGUAUUGCGCCUUUUGAUCAGGAAUUCUAUUUGACAUUUGGAGUAGGCGUUGCAGGAUUCAAUGAGUUCUUUUACGACUCAGAUAAACCUUGGCAUGAAGCAGAUCCUCGAGCCAUGAACGAUUUUUGGAACACUUUUAGGCAAAAGCAGGAUCAGUGGCUAGAUCAGGCACAGCUCACAAUUGAUUAUGUCAAGGUUUAUAGUGUAUAAAGUCAAUAGCUUAUAUAAUGGCCUAAUAAAAAAUGGAUAUUCCUGCUAAAAAUU